AUGGCAUCAUUCUCCUUCGGAUUCGGCGGCGAUGACAUAGAAGACGACUCGGUCCCCGUCCCGGCCGCCGAGGCCUCCGCGCCCGCUCCGGAGCCCGAGACCCCGCAGUCCGCUAAUGCUGCUACUCCGGCAGCCAGCGCUUUCCCGGUCCCCGGCAAACCCCAGCUGCCGCCCACCGCCCACGACCUGCAGGACAUGCUCUCCAAGCUGCCCUCCAAGGUCGCCUUCGGCACCCUGGACGUCACCCUCGACGACGGCAGCCUCAUCAAGAUUCCUCGUCGCGAGCUCUGGGACGUGCGAGUGCAGCUCAUGGCCGAGGACGAAACCGCCGGUGAUGGUGCCGAUGCCGAGGGGCUCGGCAGCCACGACGUCAAGACAGGCGUCUACGAGGGUGGUUUCAAGAGCUGGGAGAGCAGCGUGGACCUCGUCAAGGUUCUCGCCAGUGGCCAAUACUUGGACCUGCUCAAGCAGCGGCCUCUCCGAGUGAUCGAGCUGGGAUGCGGCACAGCGCUUCCAUCGCUGGCUCUCUUGCAAUGGACCAUGAGGAACCCAGCACCGAGAUCGCCACUAUUGCUCACCCUGGCCGACUACAAUCCGACAGUCUUGCAGUUGGUCACGUUGCCAAACUUUAUCCUCGCCUGGGCUCUGGAACGCAGAGACCAGAACCCCGUCCUAGAGGAGGCGUUCGCGAUGGAAGACGAGCUCGAACUUACCACCGAGGUUUUGCAGCAAUUCAAGGAGUUCCUGACAUCUUCUCAAAUCUCACUCAAUUUCACUUCUGGUGGCUGGUCAGUCGAGCUUAUUGACCUCCUAUAUGAGACUCAGUCCAGGCUGGACGGGUCCAGCAGUUUCGAUACUCUUCUUAUUGGAGCGGAAACCAUUUACUCGCCCUUCGCACUUGACGCUUUCAACGAGAUGGUCCAUGCAGUCCUCAACAGAGAGCAGAGCCAACGUAGCGACUGCCAGUCGCAGGCGCUAGUUGGAGCGAAAAGGCUUUACUUUGGUGUUGGAGGUUCACUCGAUGAUUUCGUGGACAAGGCUAGGGGCAGAGGAGCAACGGUGACUCAAGUCAGGGAGGAGGCUGAGGGUGUCCGGCGAGGGGUCGUUCGUUGCACACUGGGCUCACCUCGUGAAUAG